AUGCUUAGGCUGAUGCUUCAUUCGUUUAUGGGUGGGAGGAUUUCCCAUUUUAUGACAUUCUGUGGUGGAGGUAAUUUGUGUCUAACAAGGGCAGACAAAGAAUUGGGAGAAGCUCAGAGUUUGGAAGAUGAAAUUGAACGUAACAAGUGUUUCAAUUGGCGUCUUAGUUGGGGCUGGCGAUACUGCUUAAGUAUCAAAGUAGCGAAGAAGACACUUUGUAUCUCUCAACUUUUAGAGAAUUCUAAUUUUGAACGAGUAGGUUACCGAUCUACUCUUCCAGGAUUAGAGUUCAUUCCAUCUAAGGAUUUCAUGUCUUCUGAAUCUUCGAAUUCUGCUUUCAAAGGGAUCAUGGAGGCUCUGAAUAAUGGUGAUGUGAACAUGAUUGGACUAUAUGGGAUGGGAGGAGUGGGUAAAACCACUUUGGCAAAAGAAGUGGGAAACCAAGCCAAACAACUCUUCGAUAAAGUUGUGGUUGUAACCGUGUCCCAAAAUCCAAACAUCAACAAUAUUCAAGAUAAAAUUGCAGACUUUCUAGAUUUAGAUUUUCAAAAGAAGACACCAGAAGGAAGAGCAGAACAAUUGUGGUUGAGAAUCAAAGACGAGAAGAGCAUCCUUAUAAUCCUUGAUGAUGUUUGGGAAGAACUUGACUUGAAGGUUAUAGGAAUUCCAUUUGGUGAUGAUCACAAGGGCUGCAAAAUUUUUUUAACCACGCGUCUUCAACAAGUUUGCACUCGUAUGAAUAGUCAAAAGGAAGUUCACCUCAAUAUCUUAUCUGAAAAUGAAGCGUGGGCUUUAUUCAAAGAUAAAGCUGGUGUAGAAGAUGACUCCCCCACCUUGAUUGUAGCCAAGGAGGUUGCUCGUGAAUGCAAUGGUUUGCCUCUUGCAAUUGUAACUGUGGCAAAAGCUCUGAAAGGUAAAAGUCUAAAUGGAUGGAUGGUAGCAAAUCAACGACUUAGAGACUCAAGACCUUUAGAUAAUCAAGAUGUUUAUGGAGGUAUCUAUAGCCGUCUUGAGCUUAGUUAUGAUUAUUUGGAGGAUGAUAAUGUCAAGUCAUGUUUCUUGUUGUGUUCCCUUUUUCCAGAAGAUUUUGAAAUACCGAUUGAGAUUUUGGUUAUGUGUGGAAUUGGUCAAGGAUUGUUCUGUAACAUUAACUCAUUUGAAGUCUUACGGAGGGAAAUUUAUGAAGCAUUAACUAAACUCCAACAAUCUGGUUUGCUAUUGGAAACUGACGAUGAAGAAACUAUAAAAAUGCAUGAUGUGGUUCGCGAUUUUGCUCAUUGGGUAACAUUGAGAGGGGAAAAUAAAUUCAUGGUAAAAGAUGGGUUGACGGAAUGGUCUAUAAGUGAAAGUUUUGGAUAUUAUACGGCAAUCUCCUUAUGGGACGUUGAGAUAAAUAACUUUCCUGACAAUUUGGAAUUUUCAAAACUUAAGACUUUUUUUUUAGUGGGAGAUACUUCAUUGGAAAUUUCGAGUAUGUUUUUUGAAGGAAUGAAAACCCUCCGAGUUUUACUUCUCAAAAAUGUUGUACUCUCACUAAAAGCACUUCAAUUCUUGACAAAUCUUCGAACUCUGUGCUUUGUGGAUUGCAAGCUCAGAAACAUCUCAUCAUUGGGAAACAUGGAAAACCUUGAGAUUUUGACAUUGUUUGUUACUAAUAUUGAAGAGCUAACGGAGGAAUUAGUGGAAUUGCGAAGACUAAAAUCCCUAUAUUUCCAUGGAGAGGAACAUUGCUGCUAUUUCCCCCCUAACUUGCUAUCAAGAUUGAGAGUUUCUACUGAUCAAUGUUCUCAAGAAAACUUUGUGUUCCCUAAACUACAAAGGUACGAUAUAGCUGUAAAUGAAGAUACUGAAGAUUUGAUGGGGAUGCACUUGAGAACCUUGACAAUUAGAGAUUUCUCAUCCUCAUUAAAUGCAUUUAAGGAGCUGUUUUGCAACGUGGAAAACCUUACUCUGCACAAUAUCACCAUGGAAAGCUUGAUCGAUACAAAACGAGAACAAAGUUCAACCACUGCAUUCUCUACUCUGGUGAACUUAAAGAUGAAAGGAAUGACUUCUUUGAAAAAGUUAUGUCGUGGUCAAUCCCCGAUUAGCUUCUUACAAAAGUUAGAAACAUUGAGUAUUUCGGAUUGUAAGGAGUUGCAAUCAGUGUUUCAAAUGAAUGGGAAAGAAAGUCAAAUGCAAUCGAUCUCAAAUUUAAGAAACUUGGAGCUACGGUCAUUACCAACGUUGGAGAGUCUAUGGAAAGAGCCAACUCAUCAUGAUGUUGGAUUGCAUGGAGUGAAGGAGUUCUUAUACAAUGCCAAAAAUGUUACCCUAGAAAGAGUCAUGUAUCAGAAAAAUCUCAUUCCAAAUGUAGAUCCAAAGGGGCUUAAUGAAUUAACUUUUCUUGCACUUAAAAAUGGCAAGGAGCUGGAAUGCUUGAUUGAUGCAACAGAAGGCCACGUCUCAAACGAUGCCUUGAUCAAUUUGGUGGAAUUAGUCAUAGAAGAAAUGACUGGUUUGAAAAUGUUGUGCAACGGUCUGAUUCCAAAGGGAUUUCUACAAAAACUAGAGAAGUUGACAGCAAGGAAUUGCAUGGAAAUUGUCUCUUUAUCUCCCACGCCACAAAGUUUGAAGUUUGUAGAAAUUAGUUACUGCCAUAGAUUGAAACAUCUCUUCUCACCAUCCCUUGCUCAAAGCUUGGUGCUGCUACAACAACUCAUGAUAGAUCACUGUGAUGGACUGCAACACAUUAUCACUGAGUUGGGCCGUGCUGAUGAGAUAAAACCAAAUGCCUUUUCUCCGUUCUUGCCAAAAUUGGAAACUCUAAGAAUAAGUUAUUGUCCAAGACUGGAAUAUGUUUUUCAAAUCCCUCUGGCUCAAGUUCUUCCACGGUUAAAAUCAUUUUGGAUAACUGAUUCUCCUCAGCUACAACAAGUCUUCAUUGUGGCAAAAGAAAAUAAUGGAGUUUAUUGUGCCAUUGAACUCCCUUGCCUACAAGAUUUACGACUUGUAAACUUGACAAAUUUGGGUUGGUUUUGCUCGGAAAACUUUCUCAUCUCAUCAUCAUCUUUGGAGGAGUUGGAAGUUUAA